UACUGUUAAUAUGGUAUAUUAUACCAUUUGGAGAAAUUAUUUUUAAUCAGUAUAUUUUUAUUUGCUUUAAGAUAAGUAUAUCCCUUUAAACGGCUCAACCGUUUGAUAAAAAUUUCAUAUUAGGCGUUUAAUGAGGUGGUGCCAAAGGUUUUGGGGCGGUGAGUAUCGGCAUUGUAUGCAAACCCUUUCUAAAAUAUUUACUGUGUAAUUAGAGGAAAUUACUGAAAGGGGUAAUUUUGACGCACAGUAAAUUCUCUUUUAUAUUUCCUUAUCGUUUGGGCGUUUUGGCUUACUAUAAAAGUACCGCCGGUUUGACAAAAUCAAGUCAAUUGAUAAAUGGACAGACAUGUUUUACUCUUAUCCAUAUAAAAAACUUCGUUUUCCCAUUCAGUGUGUUUGGCUUAAACUGAAUGGCUCUUGGCCUUUGGCGGAAACGUCAACCGAAAAGGAAAACAAACCUUUUUAUGGCCAUUCAUUUUUUGCCACUGCUUAUACAAUAUGGGCGUGGUACGUCAUAGCUUCCGUUGGGAUAACAAUCAGUUAUCAAACGGCUUUUUUGCUCAAAAACCUGUCGGACAUCAUAAUCACCACGGAAAACUGUUGUACAACCUUCAUGGGAGUCCUUAAUUUUGUGAGACUCAUUCACUUGCGACUAAACCAGCGGAGAUUUCGGGAACUUAUUGAACAUUUUUCAUACGAAAUUUGGAUUCCGGACAGUUCUAAAAACAGUGUUGGUGCGGAGUGCCGCAAGCGGAUGUUCACAUUCAGCAUAAUGACGGCCUUGCUCUCAUGUCUCAUUAUCAUGUACUGCGUCCUGCCUUUGGUUGAAAUAUUUUUCGGUCCCCAAAUUGACCCACAGGAGAAGCCGUUCCCCUACAAAAUGGUCUUUCCAUACAAUCCGUACAAAAGCUGGAUCCGCUAUGUGGGGACCUACAUGUUCACCUCAUUUGCGGGAAUCUGCGUGGUGACCACCUUGUUUGCAGAGGACACGAUUCUCGGGUUCUUUAUAACCUACACCUGCGGCCAGUUUCGAUUGCUGCACAAGCGAAUCGACAAGUUAUUUACGGGAAUAGUUAAUCCGGAGUUGGCAGAAGACGUUCAACUGGAUCGCAUCAAACGUAUUGUACAAAAACACAACAAUAUUAUAAGGUUCGCUAAGCGCUUGGAGGACUUCUUCAAUCCAAUUCUAUUGGCCAAUCUUAUGAUUUCAUCAGUUCUUAUUUGCAUGGUUGGCUUUCAAAUAAUAACUGGAAAGAACAUGUUCAUUGGGGACUACGUAAAGUUUAUAAUAUACAUAUCCUCGGCCCUUUCUCAGUUAUACAUACUCUGCGAUAAUGGAGAUGCUUUAAUAAAACAGUCCACUGUGACGGCGCAGGUUAUCUACGAAUGUCAAUGGGAGGGUUCGGAUCGUAUCGAAUCUUAUAAACCAUCAAGCAAGCGAGUCCGAAAUCACCUGGGCUUUAUGAUACUUUGCAGCCAACAACCCGUAAGGAUAACGGCUUUCAAAUUCUCAACACUGUCUCUACAAAGUUUUACAGCGAUUUUAAGUACGUCCAUCAGCUAUUUUACACUAUUACGGUCGGUUUACUUCGAUGACGAAAAGGCACAUGACUAAAAAAGUGCUAAUACAGUAGUAAAACCUA